AUAAGCUAUAUGGAAACGGGUCGUGUCAUUUACCUCUUCGUGUGUGCUUACAAUACUCCCCGUCUUGUCUUGAACGCCCUAUCCUACCGGCCAGUCGGAACUUUGGAAAUCACCAUACUGUAAUUCGCUCCUCGAUCUCAAUUCUUAGGUAAACAGGACGUCAGAGGCAACCAUAGCUGCCGUCCCCCUUGAAGGUCUGUUUUUCAUCGGAUUAAGAGAGCUACCCCUAGCAUGUUGUUGGGCUCCAUUCUGUAGUCGCCAUUUACCUAGCCCCAAAUCGGGCCCGUCGUCUGAAUACCAUGUAACAAUUCGAUAUUCCUCAACGGUUAAACCGCGAUAUAAACAAUCCACCUUCAUUAACCGGGUUAGGCGGUAAUCGCGAUCUAUUGAGAUGGAGUCCACAGAUGAGAGUCCUAGGGAUGUUGCCGCGGAGCCUCAGGCCCUCCAGCCUGAAGCUCCAGAGGAAGGAGAUGGCGAGAAUUCGGCGCCGAAGAAACCUGCUGUUCGGAAGCGUACAAAAACAGGCUGUCUUACUUGUCGAAAGCGUCGAAUAAAAUGUGACGAGGGAAGGCCGACUUGUAAUAACUGCUUGAAAUCGAAGCGCGUGUGUGAGGGGUAUAACCAACGAGUUAUUUUCAAGAGUCCUAUCGGGUUUCCAAAUUCUCCCUUUGGGCCGCUACCUUUCCCAGCACCAUCUCCUCAGGCGUUGGUGAGGGAACAGUUAUCAGCAGCACAGAAGUCUUCAUCACAGUCUUUACCAAUAAUCGCCCCUAAACCACCCUCUGAAGGAUAUCACCAACUGUCAGGAGCUCACUUUAACAAUGCCUAUCCUGAUCAGGCUGGACAAAUGGCAUCGGUUGCGAUGAAUUUUGAUCCAAACGGAUUCGGAUCCCAAAAUGCGCCAUCAAAAUAUACCUUCUUUCCACCCACAACCGUUGAUGCAUUCUCGCAGCAUCAAUGGAGACAAGGCCAGCCCGAAAACUUCGGCCAAUUUCCGCCAAUUGCCCACGAGAAUCUUAUUCAGAAUAUCUCUCCUGUCCCAUCGCUGCCACAACAGCAGCAGCAACAACAACAACAAGAGUAUGAACAACCGAUUUAUCCUCAACUAGAUAAAGGGAAAUCCCGUGCCGAACCUGAAGAGCCUAUUGAAGUUGUGGCUUCAGGACCCGAGGAAUGGGAAUACCCUGUAUCUGAUGACGAAUCAAUGGCGGAGUCAGACGACAUGCCCAUUAGUGAACAGCAAGUUUCUCUCGACUUAAACAAGCUAGGAGUUGUCGGAUCCCGGAGAGUUGAGCAACCAUAUGACAUGUCCGGAACCCAGACGAGAACGUUCGCCGCUUUUGCUUCCGAUGACCUUCUUGCAACGUAUGAACCCUCGCCUAACAAUUCACCCCUGAACGAUAGGAAAACAGCAGCGGUAUUCUGGCAUUUCGUACACGUAACCGGCCCUAGCAUAUCAUUAUACGAACGACAUCCCGUUGAUACCACGCCCUUUUUGCAAGAACAGCCCAUGCCGCAAAGUCGCCAACACAUUUGGACACACACUUUUCCAAUCUUGGCCUUCACACAUCCGGCUCUUCUUCAAGCCAUACUCGCGAUUGCAAGUUUGCAAAUUUCAAAACUCCAAAUGGUACCCCCAACUGCGUCUCUGAAGCACUAUCACCUAGCUUUGAGAAGGAUUGCACGGAAUGUUAGCCGGCCAAAUCGGCGGGCCCAACCAGCGAACCUAGCGGCGACAUUAGUAUUAUCAUUCUAUGAGGUGUGGAAUUCAGAUCAUGACAAGUGGAGUAGACAUCUAUUAGGAGCACGUUUGAUCAUAAAAGAAAUCCCGUAUGCCGAGAUGACCCGCAAUAUGAUGAGAUUCAAGCUUCGAGAAAGAUCUCAAGAACCUCCGGUAGACGUCUUUGGAAUGUUCACAACGUACGACAAUGGACCUCUACACAAUGACUGGGACCUUAUCAACGUGCCAUUAUUGAGUGCAAUUACUGGCAGGGAAAUAUCAUACGAUGAGUUAGGGAUGCUUCCCGAAGAGCACAGCGCAUACCGCACUUCGAGAAAUACAUAUACUGAAAAGGACAAGGAAAGAUACCAGCAAUUGAGUGAUCUUUUCUGGUGGUAUUGCAAGAUGGAUGUUUACCAGAGUAUUCUGGGCGGCACUCGAUUAUUUUUGGAGUAUAAUGCAUGGACUCAAUGUCCACCGAGAGCACCAAUGGGACGCCUCGAUGCUAUAUUCGGCACGUAUGACCAUCUAGUGCUCUUGCUUGGCCGUGUAGCGAAUUUUACAUCGAAAGACUUGACCCGUAAACGAGAAACAUUCAAACCGAACGGGCCCGGCCGUGGAGGUUCACCAGGCAUGUUCCCAGGAAUGGUACCUCGUCAUCCCGAGAGGGUUACGGUACCGAUGGGAUUCACCCCGCCGAGGGAAACGUCGCCGCCGAGCGAUGCUGCCGAGAAUGUCGAUUUUGACACUAGGACUGCCGAAGCCUAUCGGGAGUGGGAAGAGAUAAAGAAGGCAUUUGAGACGUUCAAGGACCAUUUUGGUCCCGAAUUCGAGCAGCUCGGGGCUGAUAUCUACCCAGCUAAGCCAACACCUUUCGGCUUCCCUGCCCUCUAUCGGACGUACUCCAUUGCAGGUAUCUGGAUGAAUUACUAUAUGGGUCUGAUUGUGCUCCAUCGAGCACAUCCUACGAUGCCGCCGGUCGCUAUGGUGGCUGCGGGCAUCUCGGCGCGCGAAACAGCCCCUUACUGCAUGGAGGUUGGUAGGAUUGCUGCCGGGUUGGAGGAAAACAUCGAAAAGCUCGACAAUGUGAGCACGCUCAUGGCUGCCGCAUUGAUCGAAUGUUGCUUCCCUCUAUUUGUAGCUGGGAUCCAGUACCGCGACGAUAACCAACGUCAAUGGUUGAUCCGACGCCUUCAUGAUAUCGCGCGGCUCACAGGAUGGCAGUCGGCACGGCAGAUCGCCGUUGGAUGUGAGUCGGCGUGGACGAAAGCGUGGCAACUCGGAAGAGGGCCCGAAUACAAACGGGCUUUCGACCUCAAUAUUGACCCACCUGGAUCCGUCUGGGUUAACGCGCGCCGUAUAGACAAGCGUAUCCAAGAGAUCGACGGCAGCGACGAUGCUACUAAGAUCGUCCUUGCGAAGGGCGAGAAGGCCUCAUAUGCUAUGGGUUUGCUAGCUGUCGAGCAUGAUCUUGAGAGGCUUGAUUUAGAUACAAGUGAGAGAGAUCGGCGGUAAAUGAGUGUUGGAAAUGAAUACAUAUUGCCAAUAGUUUGAGCUUGAGUAGCACAGAUGGGGGAAUUUUUCUAAGGCAGAGCAGAGAAGGGAGCAGGUGGGAGGAAUAUACGAUGUAGGAAUACUUGCUGGAACCUAACUCCACGGUUACAAUCUACGGACUAGACAUGAGCACUCGGAGUCGGCGUUGAAAUAAAACCAGGCGCGAUGGAUACCUCGUGCAAAAAGGGCGAAAAUGGACUGAGGAAACUCGGGAUUUGAAUAGCACUUAUUCGUACAAAAAUAGUACAUUAGAUUCGACGAAUACUCGUAAUAACUACCACUUGCUUGCUGGCUC